AUGGAGCACAUGCUUAGCCACAUAUUCUGUACCGAGUGUGCGGCUCGCCUGGGCCUGACCAAUUCCAGCGGAAGACACGAGCACCGAAACUCCUGUCCUGCUUGUGGCUCCCACUUGACCAAUCCUGACGAUGCCGUCGUCACCGAACUGAACCCCAGCGAGGAUUACAAAACAAGUGUCCUGAGUGGACUGAGCCCGAAUGUCAUCAUUGAAUGCGCAAGUCGCGCAUUGAGCUUUUGGGCGUACCAAACAACUCAGGAAGUCGUAUAUCAGGAGUAUCUCGGAAAGACUCUGACGGAGAAGUACACAAAUUUGAGUGUCCAUCUUGACAAAGUCAUCAACGAGGCCAACUCUCAAAUCACAUCCUUGAACAAUAAAAUCUCGAAUGUUGAUCUGGAUCAGCAAGCUCUACGCAGAAAGAACGAUGAACUCGCUCAAGCGCUCAAGGAGAAGAACAAGAAACUUCUGCAGACACAGGAGCUGUACGAUAAGCUGAAGCGAAAGGCAAUGAUGGGCCAAAUGCAGGACGCUGCUGAGGACGCUGUGGAUUCCAAUCUGCAGACCGCGGCCAGGCUCGAUGGUGGCAUCACUGGGUUGGUCGAGGUACCUGGCCUCCCUGGCAUCUAUCAGGAAGAUGGAAGUUCAUUACAACAGCAUCGUGUCGACUCGAACGCGUUGCACCGAACAGACGGUGGGCAUGCAUUUCCUUCCGCGACUCACUCACCCCCCGGAUCUUGGGCAAGAACGGUUGGAGCUGGCACGAAUAUCCCUGUAACUCCUUCUACCCACCGUCAAAGGUUGGGGGAGCCUUCUGCCGUAGGGUUGACUACCGUUCCGGGCUUUGUUCCUGGAUUUCGCUCUCCCCGCCGCGCCAUGAACAUCCGAACUCCCCUGGCCGACGUCCCUAGUAAUCUCAGAGGCUCUGGAAAGUAUCCUGCUGUAGGCUUGAGCUCUGGAUUGAAAAGUAGUUUCGUAGGCCCAGGAAGUCUUGAUGGGUUUGCCAAGCCCCAAGCCAUACAACGGCCUGCCCCUACAGUAUCCGCUCUGGGCCGUAGGGAGCCAGAAUCAGUAAUUGGUGAUAUUCGCAGUGCAUCAAUUGCUGGCAACAUACGCGGCGGUUUCACGUCACGAUAA